GGUGACCUGUCCACACAGAGUGCUCCUGCCACCAUUCCCCCCCAGCAGAACCUUCUCCUUCCCCCUUCUAGUGUGCCGGACCCCGGACACCACCUGAAACCCUCACCCUCCAGUGACAUCCUCUGCUCUGCCUUCACCAGUGAUGCUGCCCUCUCUGUACCCAGUUUAUCCGCCCAGGGACAAGGCUGGGCCAAGUUUAACUGUGCAUCAGAGCGGGUCUCCUUCAAAAUGGCCGGCAGGAGGACGCGAUUUCUGAGUACGCCCUGCUUGGCUCUUUGGAAGAUGGUGAAAAAAGUCUGCCCUUGCAACCAGCUCUGUAGGACAAGCAGUACAAAUACAGUCGCCCCUUCUACUGCUCCAGCCCCACAAACCAACACAGCCCCUGUAUCCUCCAGUCGGAAGGGGACAUUCACAGAUGAUCUGCACAAGCUUGUUGAUAACUGGGCCCGGGACGCCAUGAACCUAACUGGAAAAAAGGGUAGCAAAACACCUGGACAUCCCAGCUAUGAAGGUCCUGGCAUGGCUCGGAAAUUUUCUGCUCCUGGACAGUUGUGUGUGAAUCUUCCUCCAUCCCUUGGGGUACCUGUUUCCAUGCCUACAGCCUCUGCCAACUCCCUGGCUCAAUACCCCAAAGGUGCCCCCCCUCAGCAGUACGGGUUCCCCGGUGCAACCUUCCAAGGACAGUGGAGUGGUCCCGGACUCCCACCAUCUUCCCAGCCCAUCAACCAGUUCCCGCCGACUGUGACUACUUCCUUACAGAACUUCAACAUCAGCAACCUUCAGAAAUCAAUCAGUAACCCUCAGGGGUCCAACCUGAGGACUACCUAG